AUGUUACGGGAAUCAAGAAUAAUUGAAGGUCGAAUUUUAAAAGUAUUAGUUACACAUCAUCCAUCAUUGAAAUCAAAUAAUGAUGGCAAUAAUCUUGAUUCGUCAAAUAGAAAACAAAAAGAAACUAUCUCGAGUAUUUUGAGUAUGAAUUGUUGUGUUGGUUUAGCACAUUGGCAACAAACACAACGAAGUUUGCACCUUCGAUGCGAAAAUGAUGAUUGUUCAAUACAAGCAAACCUAUUUUGUUCUAAAUCCUAA